UUGGAGUGAGUAUUUGUUUUUUAAUAAUUGAUUCAAAAAUUGCUUUAUAUUUAGAAAAAUGGCUGAAACAUCAACAAGCCGUUUAGAUGGUCGAUUUUGGUUGGAAGGCACACCAUAUUUAGCUGAAGAAAAUGUAGGAACUGGUGCAUAUGGAGUAGUUUGUAAAGCUAUGGAUACGGUAUGUGAAUUAAAAUUGAAUUAAUCCUGUUUUACUUCUAAUUUUCAGAGAAAUAACAAGCAAGUGGCAAUCAAGAAAAUUCCACGAGCAUUCACAGCUCAUACAUUAGCAAAAAGAUCAUUGCGAGAAGUUCGAAUAUUACGCGAACUUUUACAUGAAAAUAUUAUCGCAGUUUUAGACAUGUUUACAGCCGAAGGAAUUCAGGGAAAAGAUAUUUAUCUAGUUAUGGAUCUCAUGGAGACAGAUCUUCAUCAAAUUUUACAUAGUCGACAACCACUUCUAGAGCAACAUUUUCAAUAUUUUCUAUAUCAAUUAUUACGAGGUCUCAAGGUAAAAUUUCAAAAUAUUUAUCAAAACGCCUCAGUUCCGUAUGAACCAUAAUCCACACUAUACUUCAGAGUGGUGCAUGGAAACUUUCCUCCUCGGCGGGGGUUCGAACCCGUCACCUUUCAAAUGAAAGGCAAACACUCUCCCCACUAGUCUAUCUCGCUCUCGUCGGCCGAGCGCCGAAAAGAAAAACAUAUUUGUGUGUGUGUGUGAGAGAGAUAGGGAAAAAUGUGGGCGUGCAUUAGAAAAUUAUUUAAAAAAAAAAAAAAAAGAAAAAAGUUGUUUCAGUAUUUGCAUUCAGCUGGGAUUAUUCAUCGUGAUUUGAAACCAUCAAAUCUUUUAUUAAAUGGUGAUUGUCUUCUUCGAAUAGCUGAUUUUGGAAUGGCACGUGCCUGUGCAUCAAAAACCACAAUUAGAGAUGAUCCAACAAUUGGAGGACAUAUGACUGUAGGUUCUUGAUUUCAAAAUAGAACAUUUUGAAAUUAAACAAAUUAUAGCAAUAUGUUUCAACUCGAUGGUACAGAGCACCCGAAAUAUUAUUUUCACUAGUUGAAUACGAUACAAAGUGAGUUUUUCUACAGUAAUCAAUCACAGUAUCUAGAAUUUUGAAAUUUUAGAGUUGAUUUAUGGUCAGCUGGUUGUAUUUUUGGAGAAAUGCUGUUGCGUCGUCAACUUUUUCCCGGAAAAGACGGAAUUUCUCAAAUUAAAAUAAUAGUUUGUUAUUUGGGAUAUCCGGAUGAUGAAAUUAUGAGUAAAAUAACAUCGUCAACAGUUCGUGAUUCAAUUCAAAGUUGUCGAAAAGAACCGCCUCUUCCAUUAUCAGCUGUUUUUCCGAAAGCAAGUGAAGAAGCUCGCGAUUUGAUUUCAUAUUUACUUCAAAUGACACCGCGGAAACGAUAUUCCGCUGAUGAAAUAUUGAAACAUCCAUAUAUGGCAAAAUAUCAUAACGAGGAUUAUGAGCCACUUUGUCCUCCAAGGUUUUUUUUAUUUUGAGAUAAAUUUAUAUAUGAAAAUGUUUUGUUUAGGAUUCAAGUUGAUGUGGAUGCAAUUGAAAAAUAUGAAGGUGCUCAAGUUGUAUCAGGUUUAGAUGAAGAAGCGAGAAUUUUUGAGAUUCGAAGGGGCACAAAUUAUGAAACAAGGUUGGCACAACGUGAUGCUUCAUCAAAUGCUUUGGGAAAACGUGCACCAUAACCAAUUUUAUGUUUAUAUAUGUUUAUACUAAUAAAGUUCAUGUUGUCUUUUUAUGUUUCUAACAAAAAACGCCUAACAAAAAAUUGCCUUCAUUUUUUUUACAGAAAAGUUCCACCGCCAUUAGAAUUAAAUUCGAAAACUUAUUUACGAGAUAAAGAAGGGCAUUUAGGGCCAAGAGAAGAUCCAACAGAUUAUCUUGGAAUAAAAAAUCAAUUUGAAAAAAGUGAGUCUUGAAAUCUCUUACAACAUUGUUGGAAAAGAAUUUCACAGUAUGUUGGGACAGAAAAUUUGGGGCAGAAAAAACCAGACGAGCAAAUCUUGGAAGUAAUUUUUGGGCUUGUAAUUCCCUACUGAAAUACGUUUAAUGUUGUAAAUUCUAUGUUUUCAUUUUAGCUCGAGAAGUGAAGGAGGAAGAUGAAGAAUAUUCAAAUUUAUCCCCAACCACUUCAAUUUGUUCAAUAGAAACUGUUAUCGAAAGACAGGUUCAAUCUCCUAAGAAAUCAAUUGAUGAUAAAACUUAUGGCUCAACAAAAAGUAUAUUCAAAACAGGAAUUGAGUGGCCAUUAGAUGCUGCAAGUACUUCAAGUGCACCUCCAAUUUUACCGAAAAAAUCAAAAAAUUUGAUAGAAAAAAGAUAUAUUGAUCGAAUACGAGAUGAAUAUAGUAAAAAGAAUAUGCCAAAAUUAAGAGAAAAACGAGCAAAUGUAAGUAAAAUUUUGUAAAUGAAAACAAAUAUCUACUAAUUUUUCAGAGUGAUGCAUCUUCAGAUGAAAGAUUGACAAAACUACGAAGUUCACGCCAGGAUUUGAGAAAAACGAGUAAUAAUGAAUGA